UAGAGUGACGUCAGCUCCUCGUCAGCCAGCUGAACCACGAGUAGGAAAGCGAGGGCAGAACGCGCAGAUUUUCUAGAUACAUCUAUGCCACUCGGUACACAAGUUUUUCAUGAGUUUUUUUCCUGGUCUUUUGGCUAGUCACAACAUUCGAACCAAGAGCUCUCCAAUUAAAUGGCAAAGUUGUCUGCAGUUUUUACUGUGCUUUUAUUUAUUUUGUUUGUCUUGGCUGUGGUUGACAGCAGACCAUCAAAAAGGUCUUCUUGGAAAAAAGACAAAGAAAGGAACAGAGGCAAGCAGAGAGACAGACCUGAGAAGGCAAGAGAACGCAGUUCAACAGGCAGAAAAGGUCAUGGAAAAUCUAAGAAUCCAUUUCACAGUAUCUUAACAUCAUUUCACGACCUCGAUCCAUUCUCUUACUUUAACUUCCGAUGGAAUAUUGAAUCAAGAGAUGACCCUUGGUGGGAAGGCCCUAAUGUUUGUGAAAAUGAGAUUAGAGAGGUAGACAACAGCACAGAGACCCAGGACAUGGUCAGACAUUUCAGCACAAACUUCCAGUCCUGUGAUGAGUCUGAAACAGCUUACAAGUGUAAGAUGGUUCAAGUGGAUAGAACUGGACGUAAAGUUUAUACCCUGAUUUAUGAGUGUUGCCAUGGCUACAGUCGACAAGCUGAGGAUUACGGAUGUCCUAAUGCUGUCUCUGAUCUCAAUUUGAUUGAAAAAGCUGAAGAGUUAGGACUGACUGAUUUUGUCAAAGCUGUGAAGACACUGAAACUGACAGAGGAUCUUCAGACUAAUAACUAUACUGUAUUCAUACCUCAGAAUGGAGCUUUUAGUCUGGAUGGUGAUUUGAUGGAUUCUGGAGCUGGAAUCAUUUUGAAAGAUGCUCCAGCUAUGAUAGCUGUUUCAGAGCCAGCAGUGGACAAAGCAUUAAAAAGUCUUCAAAAUGUCUUGCUGAGCCACAUGGUGGAUGGACUACGAAGGUCAAGUAGCAUGGAGGAUGAGCAGUUGCUAGUGACUGGCAAUCCUGAAGGGGCAACCAUAAGAAUCAAUCAUUUCUACAAACCUGAAAAGUUAAUGACAGCUAACUGUGUCCCCAUUACUGCCAGUGACAUUCUGGCUACAAAUGGUGUUAUUCACACUGUCACUAAAGUUUUAAAGCCUGUGAUGGAAUCCUUACUUGAUAUUAUCAAAUCAAGUCCUGAACUCAGCACUUUGAAAACAAUAUUAGCCAGUGCAAACUAUGUGUCUAAGCUUGAUGAAGAUGGUCAGAUGACACUCUUGGCUCCAACUAAUGCUGCAUUUAACAAAAUGACCUCAUCUUUGAGAGAAAGACUGUUGGCCGGAGAUGUGAAAUGCUUAGAAAAGGUUCUUCAAAAUCACUUGUUACCUAAUGUCAUCUGUGCUCAAGCAGUCAAGAGUGAAGCUAGGACUAUCAACAACCUCCGCAAGUAUGUCAAUGUAACCAGAACCCAAGACAACAAGUUCUUUGUUGGUAAAGCUCAGGUGAUUCAAGCUGAUGUCAUGGCUACUAAUGGUGUACUGCACAUUAUAGAUGAAGUACUGGUUCCAGAUGAAGCUCUCAGUGUUUUGGACAUUCUUGAGAAACAAGGCCUCACAGAAAUGUUAAGCCUUAUAAAAAAAUCUGACCUUCAGAAAACUCUCACAACCAUCAAGAAUUUUACAAUUUUUGCUCCAACCAAUGAAGCUAUUCAGGCUCUUUAUGCUGAUGUAAAAACUAAAAUGAGUGAGAACCAAGACUUUCUGAACUCUGUCUUGAGUUAUCACAUUACACCUGGUGUCAGAGAGUGCAGACAUCUCCACAACAAUGAGUUAGUAACUUCAUUAGAUAAUAAGCAAGUGAGAGUCAAUAGUUUUCAACAGUUUUCAUCCUUCAGUCAAGGAGUGAAAACAGUUCAAUGUGCCCCCAUAAAGAAGAUGAAUAUUGAUGCUUGUAAUGGACGUAUCAAUGUUAUUGGAUCAGUGAUGUUGCCCCCUAUUGGCAAUGUUCUAGAUGUACUUGCCCAAGAUAAGAAAUUUUCCACCUUUGUUUCUCUUAUUAAGAAAACUGACUUAGCUGAUUCUUUGCAAGAAGAUGGACCUAUGACCAUACUUGCCCCUAAUAAUAAGGCUUUUGAAAAACUUGAUGAGAAGACUCGCAAGAAAAUUGAAACAAAUCCAGAGCAGCUUGAAACUUUUGUUAAACAUCACAUUUUCCAAGAUAAUCUUUGCUGUGCUGGCAUUUUUGCUAGAUAUGGCUUUCAUCAACCUCACAUAGUGACUUUGGCAGAAGACCGCUUAAAGUUGUCUCGCACACAUGAUGGGAUACCCAAAGUUGGUCAUGCACAUGUGAUAACGUGCGACCAAACAGCAACCAAUGGAAAUGUAUUUGAAAUUGAUCAAGUUUUACUGCAGGAACCACACAGAAACAGAUGGAGAAUUAAUCCUUUUGCUGACUGGGAAGAUUGGGAUGACUGGGAUAUGAAUAAUUUUUUGGACCUAUCAUUGUACUAAUUGUAUCCAAAACUAUGAUCUAUUUUUUGGUACUAUUUUUUUAGUUAAUUUCUCAUUGCAGAAACUCAAAACAUUUGAAUCAUAAAAUUAAAUGUGGAAGACUAAAGCUGCUAAUAAUAGUUGACAUUUUUUGGGACGGAUGUUAUUUUUCGUGUCACUUUCUGACAUUAUAAACCUUAAAAUGACUUUGACAUUCUUUGAUGUACAUAAUAUGUUAUUUUUUAACCCCCUUGUAUUUUUUUUUAAAUUUAUAUGUAAGCUAGUGUGUUAUAUAAAAAAUUAAAUUGAUUGCAUAAUAAAGACUAUUAGUUCAGUUAAUGAUAAGAAUGUUUUCCAUAUAACAGAAUUUAGUUUGUUAGCUGAUGCAUGAACUUGAUAAGCUAUUGACAAGUUGCAAUUUUUUUUUAACUAGCUUGUUGUAUUUAAUGUAAUCUCUCAGAAAUUAGAAAUUUAAGUCUGUUAUUGUAAAAAAAAAAAUGCCAUUUUUACAUUGAAAAUUUUACUUUUUAUUACUGCUUUUAUUUUGCUGGCUAUGAUAUUAUUAUUUUUUUUUUGGAAAAUAAAUAAAUAUAAAUACAUUUCUUA